AUGGUGGACUUGAAAGCUGGCCUUCACAGCCGAGGACUGGACCUGCCUGUGCAGCCUCUUCCCUCUGCCUCUGCCCCUCUUCCUCUGUGCCUCUCUGAACCACCGUUUCCUCUCCAGGGACUUUAUUUCGGCUCCUACGACAGGAAAACCUGCUUGUUUGACUACGAACUGCAUGCAGAAGCAGGCAGAAUGAGGCAGAAAGGGGUCGAGGGCGAGGGGGCGCCCGCCGCCCGCGAGCCGAGCCGCAGGAGGACCCGGCGGCGGGCGCAAGGCGAGUCGCGAGUCGUACGCCGAGACACACGGACGCAACCGCAUUCCUUCUGCAUUUUCUCUCGAAGUCAUGGUAAGUGGGAUCCCCUGUGA